UAUAAUUGAAUGCCGAUAUUUAGGUGUUCCUCAAUCAUAACCCAGAUAUAUGGCGUCAAUUUUGAGGAGCUGGUGAUUGAAGAGCACGGAAAAUAUGCGGGUUUACAGCAAACAGAAGGGGAUUACGAGACACUGGGCGAGCAGUACAGUCCGCCCCAAAUACACGGACAUAACAUUAAAUAUAGUAUCGGGGAUGUCGUGGACCUGAACUGCUCGACAACAGCCGUAUCGCCGCCACCACUACUCGAGUGGUUCAUUAAUGGCAGAGAAGCACUCAAAACUCAACUAAUCAUUUAUAGUAAACCUAAGGAACCGAACGCUAAUCUAAUGUUCAGUUCAUCUAUUUAUGACAACUUCGCCGACUUUGAAGCUCAUAGAAAAGGCUCUGUUUUGGGAUUACGCUUUCAAAUCACUAAAGAACACUAUCAGACCUCUGACGGCAAACUGAGGCUGAGAUGUAGUGCCACUCAUGCGACCAUUAUUGGCACCGACACCACAGAACUGGUCCUGUUUUCGGGCGGCAGACAGAGCUCAUCGUUAUUCGCCUCUUAUGCCANUUCAUUAAUUUAUUUAAAUUAAUUGCUUUCACUAUAGGUUUGUUGUGAUGCGUGCAAACGCUUUCUAAUUUCAAUAAAAUGCAUAAAACAUAUGGACUUAACUUAUUUAUAUAAAUGAAUUUAAAUAUUAUACUAUAUAUUACUUAUUAAUAAAAACCAUAUAUAAUGUAAAUGAGAGAAAUAAUGAUAAAUUCUGUGCAAUAAAUAAUAUAUAAAUUCUAAUUUAUUUGCAAUUUAAGAAACUUUUCAAGAAAAUAAUGUCGAGUUAUAACUUAUAAGUAAAAUCCAAAUUGAUUUUCAACAUAACUUUUUGUGCACUUUAAAUUCAAAAUUGAAAUAAUGUAUU